GCUUAGGGUAAGUGGUAAACGCGUUUUGGUAGUGUGUGUUGCCCUAAUCGCAUGCGAUCAAAAACUGCUUCUCUCUUAUCUUCUCAAAACACAUUCUUCAUAAAUUCAUACAUCAAUCAACAAUGUCUUCCCCUCAUCGUCGAAUCUUCAAUCGGUUAAAUCAAUCAUGGAACCCAUGGAUAUCGUUGGCAAAUCAAAGGAAGACGCUUCGCUUCCCAAAGCAACAAUGACAAAGAUAAUUAAAGAGAUGUUACCUCCAGACGUACGAGUUGCAAGAGACGCCCAAGACUUAUUGAUUGAGUGUUGUGUAGAGUUUAUAAAUCUCAUCUCAUCUGAGUCAAAUGAAGUCUGUAGUAGAGAGGAUAAACGGACUAUUGCACCUGAGCACGUAUUGAAGGCUCUACAGGUGCUUGGAUUUGCCGAUUACGUGGAAGAAGUUUAUGCAGCAUAUGAAAACACAAAAUUGGAGACCAUGCAGGAUUCCUUAAAAGGCGGUAAAUGGAGCAAUGGAGCUGAAAUGACCGAGGAAGAAGCAUUAGCCGAACAACAAAGGAUGUUUGCAGAGGCACGCGCUAGGAUGAAUGGUGGGGUCAUUGCUUCUAAGCAGCCAGAUGGUGACCAAAGUUUAGAUAGCUAACUUUAGGACCUUAGUUAAGAUUGAAUCAAAGAAGCACCUGGCUCCUGUCUGUGCUUCCUAUGCAUUCAAUUGUGUACAAAAACCAUUCACUAGUUUGCUGGGCAAUGUGGAUAUGCUUCCAUUUGUAUUCUAUGGAUGAACCAUAUUUGCUAGUCAUUGUAAUUAGUGAAAGUUCAUGAAAAUCCUCUUCUGUUUAGAAUCACUUGUAAUUAUUGUUUACUUUUUUGGAAUCUUCUACACACUAAUAGCUCCUAGCAAGAGUCUGACCGUAGUUACUUGCUACAUUUCAUUGUAACAAACAAUUAAACUAGUAGAAGCCAUUAUAAGCCAUCAUGUUCUGAUUA